UCCAUGCCAUAUUUCUUACUCCAAUCCAUUCUACAACACUGCAAUCUUCUUCUUCAGCUUCUAGCUACCCACCUUACGCCGCAGCUACCUCGCUAGCUGAAUUAGCUUCAACUUCAUAGUCCACACACACAUACGUUGGUCAAAUGGAGGAAUCUAUCAGCUCAUCUAGGACCCCUGGUGCUUCAGCUUCAGUCUUCGACGGCGACGGCGACGGCGACGUCUACUGCUACGCAUCCGGGCCUGCCACCGCCGUGCCUUCCGACGACAGCGGCUGGACGGCAUACUUUAUGCACUCACAAGAGGACAGCCACGACACCUACCAGCAGUUGCAAAACUCAAAAGAGGUUCCAGCCAAGAAAUCCCAGGGCGACCGCGCCUCCAGUUCCACCUUGUCCACCGCCAGCAAGACCAAGGCCAAGGCGAAGAAGGCAGCAGGCACCGAGGAGAACAAUAAGAAGAGGCCUCGUUUGGAACCAGCGGGUGAAGACCCUCUCCAGGACACAGCCUGCUCCCCUGCAUAUGCUAACUAUGCAACUCGCCAACUUCACCUGCAGGAUGGUUGGCAAAUUGCUGGCUGCGAGUGUGAGCAGAGAUCAUCAUCAGCAGCACCAGCAGCGCUGCAGUGGAUUGAGUACUGCAGCAGGAGACGCCAAUGGGAUCCUCGGGAGGGGCCGGAUGCUGAAAUCAAAGAGGUGUUUGCUUAGUCCAUGUUAAACUGUUGGUGGACCAGGGCAGACCUGAGACCAAACUGCUCACCAUUCAAUUCUAGUAGUGGUUCUUCUGCCUUAGGGCAUGUUUAUCCGCAUGUUCUGCUCCACUAAUCUCAUGCGUGCGUUGGGCCCAAAACCCCUGUUGUCGCUGUGCAAUAAUUAAUAGUUUUAUAUAUUUGCUGCUGUAGCUUGUACUACCACUUUGACAAAUUUCCAGCAUUCAUGGAUUUACCUGA